AUGGCUUUGUCAAGCUUGGAGAGAGCAAUCUCAAUUGCCUUUAUGAUUCUGUUUGUUGUGUUUCAAUUUUCUCACAAUGUUGCUUCUGAUUCUACUGAAGAAGCAGAAGCUCUUCUGAAAUGGAAAGCCAGCCUGCAGAACCAGAACAGCUCUCUCCUGCCUUCCUGGAUUCUUUCUCCUGCUAAUGCCACCAACAAUUCCACUCAUUGUGCCGAUUGGUCUGGAAUUUCUUGCAACCAGGAUGGAAGAAUCAACAAACUCAACCUGUCUGUAUCAGGUUUAAAAGGUACUCUUGAUGGAUUGCCAUUCUUAUCAUUUCUCUUUCUUGAAUACGUCGAUUUUGGCAAAAACAAUCUCUUUGGUGUUAUCCCGGUGCAAAUAUGUAAUCUCUCAAAACUGAAGUAUCUUGACUUGUCAGUCAAUGUAUUUAGUGGGAAAAUUCCUGAGGACAUUGGCCUGUUAAGAAAUCUAGAGACCCUCCACUUGAAUAAUAAUCAGUUAAAUGGCUCGAUUCCAAGGGAAUUAGGCCAAUUGACUUCCCUUAAUGAUCUUACCUUGUCAAAUAACCAUUUGGACGGCUCAAUUCCAACUUCUUUGGGUAAUUUGAGCAACUUGGGUCGUUUGUAUCUUUAUAAUAAUUCACUUUCUAGUUCAAUUCCUCCAGAGAUAGGAAACCUGUCUAAUUUGGUUACACUUGAUUUGAGUAUCAAUAGCUUAUCCGAUCAAAUCCCUUCAGGUUUUUUUGAAAACUUGAGAAACCUGAGUCUCUUGUACAUGCAUAAAAACAAACUUUUUGGAUCAAUUCCUUAUGAAAUAGGAAACAUGAAGUCUCUUCUGAUUCUAAGUUUGCAUGGUAAUCAGCUUAGUGGCCAUAUACCUAAUUCAUUUGCUAAUUUAAGCAAUUUAGUAGGUCUUUCUCUCGGUGACAAUGCUUUUUUUGGAUCAAUUCCUUAUGAAAUUGGAAACCUGAAGUCUCUUAGGAAUCUAAGUUUACAUGAUAAUCAGCUUAGUGGCCAUAUACCUAAUACAUUUGCUAAUUUGAGCAAUUUAGUACAUCUCUCUCUCCGUAACAAUGCUCUUUUUGGUCCAAUUCUUCAAUAA